AUGGUGAUCCAAGCUGAAGGAGAAAGAAAGGCCUCGCGGGCACUGCGUGAGGCCAGUUUGAUGUUAAACGACAAACCGGUUGCUCUUCAACUCCGCUACUUACAAACACUCUCGGGGAUCGCAGCCGAGCACCACUCGACCAUCGUCUUCCCUCUACCCAUCGACUUAACCACCAGUUUCCUCUUGAGCUGCCCAAAGCAAUCGACUAACAACGCAGCCGCCAGUGACAAUGCCAUCACCGCCAUCAGCAACAGCAACAGCAACACAAACUGCGCUCUAAAUGUAUAG